CCACAAGAAUGGUGCAGUCCUGCUCCGCCUACGGCUGCAAGAACCGAUAUGAUAAAGAUAAACCUGUUUCUUUCCACAAGUUUCCUCUUACACGACCCAGUCUUUGUAAACAAUGGGAAGCAGCUGUUAGAAGAAAAAACUUUAAGCCCACCAAGUACAGCAGCAUUUGUUCGGAGCACUUUACUCCAGACUGCUUUAAGAGGGAGUGCAAUAACAAGUUACUGAAAGAGAACGCUGUACCCACCAUAUUUCUUUGUACUGAGCCACAUGACAAGAAAGAAGAUCUGGAGCCACAAGAACAGCUUCCUCCACCUCCUUCAACACCUCCAAUUUCCCAGGUUGAUGCUGCAAUCGGAUUACUCAUGCCCCCUCUUCAGACCCCUGAUAAUCUCUCAGUUUUCUGUGACCACAACUAUACUGUGGAGGAUACAAUGCACCAGAGGAAAAGGAUUCAUCAACUGGAACAGCAAGUUGAAAAGCUCAGGAAGAAACUCAAGACUGCUCAGCAGCGAUGCAGAAGACAAGAGCGACAACUUGUAAAGUUAAAAGAGGUUGUGCACUUCCAGAAGGAGAAAGACGAUGUAUCAGAGAGAGGCUAUGUGAUUCUACCCAAUGACAUCUUUGAAAUUGUUGAAGUACCAGCAUAAAAGAGUAAAAUGUGUAAAUGCAAGCAAGACCGUAUGUCCUCUUUUAACCUAUACUGGAAUUUUCAUUUGAAAAGUAACACUUGAUUACUUGCAUAAAAACAAUUCAGAAUAUUUUUUUAAAAAAAGUAAAUUAGCUAUAUACUAUAAAUUGUAAUUUUUUGUUUGUAAUUUCAGAGUUUUUACAUUUUAACAAAAUAUUUUAAAAGUUGUUGAAAUAAGCCUCAGACUGCCAAUGUAAAUUGGUUUUAAGAUUGGAGAUGUUUUGAGUAUUUAUAGAAAUAAUUAAAAGUAAAAGUAGAAUGAGAACAGUACAAUACAGAUGAUUUGUUAUAAAACUAAUACUCUUUAUUGAGAGAACUUAGAAGUAUGGGUCAGAUGAAAAGACAUAGUCUCUUGAUAUGUAUAUGUGCACAUACUCAUAUUUAUCUUUCUGAGGAUCACUUUUCAAGAAUAAAUUGGUAAGUCAUUUGAUAAAAGAUUUGACUAUCUCAGAAAAAAAAUGAUUCAUUUCAUAUCUAAUCAAUAUACAACUGUAUAAAAGUAGAUUUCUAAAAAUAGCUCCUAAAUUUUCCCCAGCAUUAAAAAAAACAAAUGUUUAUCCUCAGUGAAAGAAAUACUUUUUUAAAUAAACAAAGUAAGCAUUAUCAUUAUUGAAGUGAAAAUUGGUACCUGAUCCAUAAGGGUUUCUUUCUCAUUCCUCUCCACUGAAGGCGCCUGAGUUUCUCAACUGUAAUUAUAUGUGCAUUCCUAUUCCUAAUAAAUGUAUUAUGAAUAGAGUUUGAUUUGUAUCAUAAUGUGGUAAUUUUGCAUUUGGCUGGUUGAUUUUGGUUAUAAUUUCACAUAAAAACUUAUUUUUUCACUUAUAACACAAGUUGGAAAUAAUAUCUCAUUUGCUUAAAUGAUUUAUAUUCAAAGCAAUGUAAUAUGUAGUGUUGGUUUUAUUGAAUGUUGAUACUUAAAACACUGCAGUUUCUGUUUAGAAUGUAUGUUAUAUUCUGACUUCAUGAGAAAUUUUACAUAUAUUUGAAAUUAAAAUAUGUUCUGAGUAAGAUACUGCUAUAGGAAUUAUCUAUUUAGAUUGAGUAACUUCCAACUAUAAUUAUUUUCUAUUUUGAACUACACUGGCCUAAGUUGAAGAGUAACAGACCUUUUAAGACAGUAUUAAAGAUAUAAAAUAAU